CCUCGCGCCCCUUCGCUGGUCUCCAACUGGCAGAAGGUUUAAUUUGCAAAGAUGGUGAAGCAAACGAUCCAGAUCUAUGCCCGAGUGAAACCUUUGGGCAGGAAGCAGCCGCCGGGGAUAUAUUCAGUUGGUGAAGAUGAGACAUCAGCAUUCAGUUUGGAAAUUACUGUGCCCCGUGAUUUGGCAGAUGGAUUUGUUAAUAAUAAACGAGAAAGCUACAAGUUCAAAUUUCAGAAAGUUUUUGAUCAGGAAGCAAAACAAGAUGAAAUUUUUGAAGCCAUUGCCAAGCCAGUUGCAGAAUGUGCUCUAGCUGGCUAUAAUGGCACUAUAUUUGCCUAUGGACAGACAGGAAGUGGCAAGACAUUUACCAUUACUGGGGGAGCAGAACGUUACAGUGAUCGAGGCAUCAUUCCCAGGACCCUGUCUUAUAUUUUUGAGCAGCUGCAAAAGGACAGCAACAAAGUAUAUACAACGCAUAUUUCCUACUUAGAAAUUUAUAAUGAGUGUGGUUAUGAUCUACUGGACCCAAGACACGAAGCCUCCAGACUAGAAGAUUUACCAAAGGUGACAAUAAUGGAAGAUCCUGAUCAGAACAUUCAUCUGAAACAUCUCUCUUUGCAUCAAGCAAUCAAUGAGGAGGAAGCACUGAACCUUCUUUUCUUAGGAGACACCAACAGGAUGAUUGCAGAGACGCCGAUGAACCAAGCCUCUACUCGUUCACACUGUAUUUUCACUAUUCACAUCUCAAGCAAAGAACCCGGAUCUGCAACCAUUCGACGCUCCAAACUACACUUAGUGGAUCUAGCUGGUUCAGAGCGUGUUGCAAAGUCUGGAGUUGGAGGUCAACUGCUGACAGAGGCCAAAUAUAUCAAUCUGUCAUUACAUUUCUUGGAACAGGUGAUUAUUGCCCUGUCAGAGAAACAUCGGUCUCAUAUCCCUUACAGGAACUCUAUGAUGACCUCAGUGCUAAGAGACAGCUUAGGAGGAAACUGCAUGACCACAAUGAUUGCAACACUAUCAAUUGAGAAAAGGAACAUAGAUGAAUCUAUAUCAACUUGUAGGUUUGCACAGCGUGUUGCCCUUAUUAAGAAUGAAGCAGUGCUUAAUGAAGAAAUUGAUCCCAGACUGAUGAUAGCACGAUUAAACAAAGUAAUUCAGGAGCUAAAAGAUGAAUUGGCCUUGGUGACAGGAGAACAAAGAUUAGAAGAACUUACUCAAGAAGAACUACUUCAGGUUGAUGAGAAGAUUAAAUAUUUUUUGGAAGAUACGGAUCCUGAAAGUACAUUGGAUGUUGGCGCUGAUAUGCGGAAGAUCAAAUACUGUUUCUGCCAUUUAAAGAGACUGCUUAAUGAUGCAAAGCCCUGUGAGAAUGUUUUGCUUGCCACAGACAUUCCUGAAGAUAAAGUUGUUAACAGCUCAUCUGGGACGGAAGAGUUAAAGAAGCUAAAGGAUCUUCUUCAUCAACGGGACAAUGAAAUCAAUAUUUUAGUAAAUAUGUUAAAGAAGGAAAAACAGAAAGCCCAAAAUGCCCUUCUUCACCUCAGUGCUUCUUCAAGGGAGGCCCCAACCUCAGAAAGUUUUCUUAUUCAAAAAAGAGUAGAAAAUGAGCACAUGUUAACUGUCUCUUCAAAACCUAAACCUGAUUUUCUUCCCAGGAACACAGCAUUAAGAGGAGAAAUGUCACUUGGACGCCAAGAAGCCUUUGAAAUUUUCAAGAGAGAUCAUGCUGAUAGCAUAACCAUUGAAGACAACAAACAGCUCCUUAAGCAAAGGUUUUCAGAAGCAAAAUCCCUGGGAGAAAAAGUAAAUGAGAUAAGAAACCGAAUCAACCAUUUAAAAGGAGAGAUAACCCAGAGGCACAUGCAAAAAGCAGCUCAAGUUCUUGGCAGUCCACAAAAAAUGGAUGAACACGAUUCAGUAGAAGAGGCACUUCGGGCACAAAUUGAAGAGGAGAAAAUCAGUUAUAAAACAAUGUUCACUCGUUUGAAAGGAAUGAAGAUAGAGAUUGAACACCUACAGCUUCUUAUGGAAAAAGCAAAGGUGAAACUGCAAAAAGAUUUUGAAGUUUGGUGGUCUGAGGAGGCAACAAAUUUACAGAUCCAAGAAGAAAAGCCAUCUUUGCUUAAUUCAGUCAGUGCUUCAAAGAUUUCACCCUUGUUUCUCGAAACCCAGCCCUGCCUAGAUAACAGGGUUCCAAAUAGCACCACAGCCAGCUUCAGUGAAGAAUCCUCAGUGACAAGCAGCUUGCGCCACCUCAGCAACUCAGCUUCAGUAGCAAGAAUUUCCCCAGGUUCAACCAUCCCUCUCACAGGAGACCGUCAGACUGAUGCUGAUAUUCUAGCUUUCAUUAGAGCAAGGCGGAAUCUCCAGCAAAAAAAAGGACUGAAGAACAAGUAAAUUUUCAAUUAUGAAACAGUCUGCUAUUUCAAAAUUGCGAAACUGAAGAGAACACCUGGAGCACCAGGACCAGUGGAUCUUUAAGAUACAGCUAAAUUUACAACAAAUAGCAUUUUGUCCCCCCUUCCCAAGAAAUGGUGUUCAACAUGUGUCUUCUAUGUUUUUAUCACUGCAAAGAACAAGCAAAACCAACAGGAACCCCUAGUGCAAUUUUUUUAGCAAUUUGAUGGCCACAUUAUGUGGCUUAUAAAUGUCAGGAUUAUUUAACACCUUUUAAAAAUGCUCUUCCAUGCCCAGCGCAAGCAAAAGAAUUCUUUGCCAGGGACUUUUCUGUCCCUUGGAAUCUGAUGAAAUGCUUGCCUAAUUCUCAACAGUCUGGAUGUACACAUUUUGUUGGGUCCUUUGUUUAGUUUGGUUUACAUUGGCUCAAAAGCACUGUGCAAAAGCAGAAAAAUAUUUUUGUUCCAUGUAACUUCAUUUAGAGAGCUGUUAAUUAAUGCCAAAAAACUACCCCCAAUUUUUUUUUUUUCAAAGCCAGCUUUCAUGUACUUGGAGAGCAAGAGUUAUGUUACAAAAUCUGAUUUUCAUCAUAAACUGAAAUUUCAUAGGUUGUUGUUUAUCAAAGAAUGAGG